UCGUGAUCUUCUGCUUGCCUUUCGAACAGUUCGACGGCAGCUGGUUUGCGGUUGUUUUUUGUUACUGUUUUCUUUUUUUUCUUUUUUUCUCAUCUCUCUGUUGGUCUGUUUCAGUUCGACUUUUGGUUGGGGAGGUAUCUUACGCGGUCCGUCAAGGUAUCAAUUGGCUCUUGGUCGCAUAGGUCAAGUUGCUAUCAUGCGCCGCUUGUAAAGCCUCACUACUCCUUUGGUGUGGUCCUCAUUUUUUUUUCCUUCGUUUUCUUUCGUUUUUUUCAGGGCCUACACUUAAACCUGCGCUGGGACGCAAUACAUUCUCGCAUUUUCAGCAUUUAUUUUUGUUCUUUUUUUUUCGUUUCUUUCAUAAAACUUCCCUCGUCCGUGGGAAUAAAGACGGAAACUGACAAGAUGUGGGGAUUCGGAAGACAACCACGCAACUUGGCCGAGCUCCUGGCCGACCUGACCCGCCGGGACCGAGGCGGUGAUCUGGAAACCCGCUCCGGCUCAUCCAAGAGCUCUGCCAGCAACGCCAUCAUCAGAGUCGUCAACCGAAAACAACGCAGGGCACCACAAGCGAGGGCAGUUGGAGCCGCUAUUCAACCUGCAGCGCCGAUAGCUGUUCCCGGGGGAAUUUUCAACCCGAUACCGGGGCUACCGGCGGUACCUGUGCCGUCCGCGCCCCUCAAUGCCAUUCCGGGGUUCAAAACCAUCCCUCCCGAUGGCUUUCCUGCUGCUCCGACGGCACCGCUUCUACCGCUACCACGCCCCGCGCCGGCACAAACAGUCACUUCAGAAUCCUCGAGGCGACCUGUUGCAACUUCUCAGCCCCCGAGGCCACCCGUAGCUCCUUCACCGCCGCCAAGACAACCUGCUGCACCUUCGUCACAGCCUCCCAGACAAGCCGAACCAACCAGGCCGCCGGUGAUGGCGCCAGCGCGGCCAACCCCACCACCCACCGAAAACGUGCCAGUAACUAGCCAAAUACCUUUCAGCACCAUCUUACCAACCAGCGAUGGGCCGGCCGCCCCGGCCGAGACCGACGGAGCUGUUGCAUCACCGGGCAGGGAGGCCUCCAUGGACGGUCGGUCUGCCAACAAUGGAUCGCGGCAGAUUGCCAUCCUAGCCGGCUCGAUCGUUGGCGCCAUGCUCCUGGCAGGCCUUGUAGCAAUGCUAUGUAUACGGAAAAACAAAAAGGCGAGGAAAGCUCGCGAAGCGCACGUUAGCGCCCUUCCAAAGCACUCAAAGGCCGGGUCCAUCUCAGGAUCCAUCUCGUACCCCGUCCAACAGCAAGGCAACACGGGCCCCUGGGCGCCACCACUGAGAAAGCCGAGCAAUGCGACUUCCAGGGGUGGGCCUACGGCAGCUGCCGCCUGGCCAAUGGGCCAGUCCACCAACCGCAACUCGAUGGAAGAUGGGUCCCUCGACGACAAGCAGUACCUUGCCUACCAGAACCUGGUCGGCAACGCCGACAACCAGAUCACACCUCCGCCAGCAGCAGCCGCACAGGACCGGGCAUCACGGACGCCCGGUUCACGGGAUACUCGAUAUCUGUCUGCUUCGUCCGCCGACCCUUACGAGCAGAUCAACGGGCGUUAUAGUGAGUGGCCGCCAAUGCCUCCGGUCCCCAACUCGGACAGUGGCGGUAACGCGCAGAACCAAGGUACGGUCCCGAUAGGCUACGCACAAACAACCGCACUUCCGCCGCCUCAGCAGCAGCAGCAGCCUCGCACCAUGGAUCAGUUUUCCCAGACAGCUCGAAUCAACCAACACUACUCCGCUGUAGAGAGACAGAUGCUUUCGCCGUCGUACCACCAGCCUGGGGCUCAGCGUGAUUCAGUUGCCCCACCGAGUCCCUUGUUCUUCAGGCUAGACAACCAGGGUAACCUUGGGCCCGAGAGCAGGAGGUAAAAUAAUUUGCGACAACUUGAUAUAAAACUCCUAGAGGUCCUCUUUGGUCCAGCGUUUACACUAUUUUCUUUUGUUUUUAUUCUAUUCAUGAGAUGAUCUUCUAUUCUACUCACCCAUCUACUCUGGCACAGAGGCUCAGGAGAUAUACACGAUACCGGGGCGGCUUCCACCCGCCGCCAGUCUUGUAACAACAUCACUUCCCUAUAGAUACCACGGUCCUUCCCGUCGCACGGCACUGCACAUCUGGGCGUUUCUUUUGGUACAACAGUACAGUCUGAAACUCUGGCAUGUCAGGGCCACAAUACCCACCAAUGUACAUGGAGUUCUUUUUAUUAAAUAAAAAUCUUUGACACGG